AUCAGAAGCGUGUGUUUGAGUAGAGUGUGUUCACACACUCUCUCCUCACUGAGUGAACACUGUGUGUGUGUGAGACACGAUGGGGAAACUCGUGAACCUUCUUCUCCUCGUCCUGCUGGGAGUUUACAGUACAGUGGAUGGACAGUUUUGGUGGGCGGAAGUGCAGUGCAGGUACAGCUCUCAGGAUCUACAUGACAUGGAGCACAUACUGGAAUACAUUUACGACAAGAUUAUGUACCUGCAGUAUAACAGCACUCUGGGGAAGUAUAUAGGAUACACUGAGUUAGGCGUCAAAAACGCACAGAGACUGAACAAAGACACCGCACUACUGGCAUCACGGAAAGCAGAUGUGGACCGUUACUGUAAAUAUAACACUAAGAUUUGGCAAGAUCUCAUCUUUGGUGAAACGGUUGAGCCUCAGGUGAUGGUUCACUCAGUGAAGAAGUCAGAUGGAUCACAUCCUGCUGUGUUGAUGUGCAGCGCUUACAGCUUUUACCCAAAGCUCAUUAAAGUCACCUGGAUGAGAAACGGACAAGUAAUUAAGGGAGGUGUGACGUCCACAGAGGAGAUGGCUGAUGGAGACUGGUACUAUCAGGUCCACUCACAUCUGGAGUAUAAACCUGAAUCUGGAGAGGAGAUCUCCUGUGUGGUGGAACACGCCAGCUUCAAACAGCCCAUGAGCUAUAAGUGGGAUCCCUCCAUGUCUGAACCUGAUAAGAGUAAGAUCGCUAUCGGGGCUUCAGGUCUGGUGUUGGGUCUCGUGCUCUCAGCUGCUGGGUUCAUCUACUACAGGAAGAAAUGCUCAGGACGCAUCCUGGUGCCGACAUAAACACUGGUGAAUCUCACUGUGUUGAAGGGGAACGUGUUUGAUGAGGGGGAACACUGGAGGUUUUGCUGACAUUGUUUUAUCUGUUCCUGCUCUGUAAUGAAAAGUCCUUUCUGAUCUAUUAGGUUUUAAUGUGUGCAUCGGCCUUUACAUUUUGACCAGCUUCAUGUAACAUAAUGAUGACAAAUAACUGUAUGAGGUUUAUUGAUUAUAUGCUUUAUAAUAAUCCAGUGGGUCACACAGAAGAGACAUUUGACAGACUGAGGAAACCUGCUUUAAAAGAUAAACACAUUAAUGAUCACUUUCCAAAUAAUUCUAUACUUGAAGAUUUUCAUGAAUUAUUACACAGCCAUCAUGAAUCUUCUUUGCCAAAAUAGACUUUCAUUAUUAAAUCUUUAGCGCCCCCUACAGACUGCUUUAGUCUGGAUUGUGUUUCCUCUCAGUUAUAACUUUACUUUUCUGUUGUUGUAUCAUCAUAGCUUGUUUUUGAUUCUGUAUGUACACUGUCUCUUAUUAAACUUUAGACUUUAAAGUUGUAAAAUAAAUGGAUGUCACUUC